AUGUCGGAAUCCGAUGCAAUGCAUCCUACGCCUACGCGCCAAAGCCACUCAUUAUUUGGCUCUAUCCGCAAACUCGGCCGCAAGAACAGCAAGUCCUCGCAGCGAUCAGAUACAUCAAUGUCACGAGACCUUGAUUCGACUCCCUCAUUCCGAGGCCCAACUGACUCUUCAGUUUCACCAUCUGGAGCUAGGGACAGGAUUGCUGCACCAAGGAGAACUCCAAGUCCACUUGCAAAUCCCUCACCAGCCACACGUCGACCAGAUCGCCCAGGCAUGAACGCCUUUACAGUUCCAUCGAAUGAGCCGCCACCAGCAUAUACUCCAUCCCCAACAGUCGGAUCAGGUCCGGCUCUGGCAACAGAGCUGGAAGCGUCACAGCCAAACGCUCCAUCCAGCAGCGGGGAAGAUCCAUAUUCUUUCCUAUCAACCUUCGACACCACUCUUCUGAUUGAUGACUCGGGCUCCAUGGCAGGACGUUCUUGGCGGGAGGUCUCUCAGGCGCUUUCUACAAUUGCACCUAUUGUUACCGCGCAUGAUAAUGAUGGUAUCGACGUUUACUUCAUGAACCACAAGUCUUCCGACGUAGGCGCACCUUCUGACGGUAUCGCUUCUGGUGGAUACAGGGGAAUCAAGAGAGCUGCCACGGUGACGGAAAUCUUCGCCACAGUACGACCGCAAGGCGGAACACCAACCGGUACUAGAGUGCACAAUAUUCUCAAACCUUACUUGGCGAAGCUGGAAAAAGAUACAGAAGAAGGCAAGGAAGUGAAGCCUUUGAAUCUCAUCGUCCUCACAGAUGGCGUACCCUCCGAUGACGUGGAAUCAGUCUUGGUCUCCGCAGCGAAGAAACUCGACAAGCUAGACGCACCCCCUUUCCAGGUCGGUGUGCAGUUCUUCCAAGUUGGUAACGAGCAAGGUGCCAAGGAGGCUCUCGAGGAACUCGAUGAUGAGCUCUGCAAUUUGGUAGAGGGUGGCGUGAGAGAUAUCGUUGACACCGUUACCUGGACCGGCGGUGCAAGCUCCAGUGAGGGUGGCGUGGGCUUAACUGGUGAAAGCAUUAUGAAAGUUCUGUUAGGAAGUGUAGUGAAGAGACUUGAUCGGAGACCAGCAAGUGGGAGUGCUAGAAGACAACGAUAG